AGUUGCGAUUCUGAAAGAUUGCUGAAAGCAUGAAGUUGGCUCUGAUAUUCUUGGGAGGACUCUGCAUCCUUAGUGGUUAUUUCACUUCUGGGCAGUUGUAUGUCUACAAUGCGGAUGAAGUUUGCAUAUGCUCGGGACAUUUGGUAAACGAUACCAUUCCGGACUGCGAGGACUGCUCCGGCUACUACAUUUGUGGCGCCGGUUCCUACGAGAAGCUGAAGUGUCCUCAGGGCCAGAUUUUCGACAUUUCCGCGAAAUCUUGUGUGGUGGGUCAAUGCCCAAGAUUUGAUGGCACUUGUUCAGCAAACACGCCCGCAACUCCGCCCGUCACAACGUCCACAAAUACUACGCCAGACACUCCAGGACCUUGUGCCAAUAAUGUGAUAUGCCAACCUCAGGAAAAGAGUAUCCCCCAUCCGUACCACUGCCGCAAUUUCUACACCUGCUAUGGAAGUUGCGCCGUUUUGGGACUCUGUGAGCUGGGAAAAUGGUUCGAUCGGCAGAAGAAUAUAUGCGAUUAUUCCUAUAACGUCCAAAACUGUGCCGCUAACCAGGACUAA